AUGUCAUCCGUACGUCAAUAUGCGUCGACCGAAAUAUUCGCUGAUGUCACGGAGCCCGCACUAGAACACAUAUUAACCCAGACAAGCUCUCAUCAUUCUCCUUCAUCCUCCCAUCCCAACGCUGAACAGUCAGUCAUCAAAAAACCUUCUCUGUUGAACAUGUCCAACUCCUACGAAUUAUUCGACGCCGUCGUCGGCGACCCGAAGGCCGGCUCUGACUUCGACGAUACCCAGUAUCUCCCUCAAGGCACGACCAUCAAGUCCAUCUCUUCGAUCGCUGUCCGUUAUGGAUGGUACAUCGACGCGCUCGAUGUGGUCUACACCUUAAGCAAUGGAGAGCCUCGCAGUACCGGCCACGGCGGCUGGGGCGACAACACGAACAUCCAGAACUGGAGCUACAAUUUUGGGAAGGGCGAGCAGCUUCUCAAAGUCGAGGCUCGUGGUGGACCCGGAAAACAUGUCAACCUACUCCGUCUUCACGUGGGCACCAACGGAAAGAUCACCAAGGUCUUCCCGAGCGAGAAUGGGUGGUUCGGUGACAAGAACAAGGGCAGCGGCGAUAUAGUCACCGUCGACAAGGAAGUCGUAGCCUUUGCCGGGACACAGUCCGACUACAUCGAGAGUCUCCGCUUCUAUGUCAAGAAGUAG